GAGGCACGAGGGGCUAUUUCUUUUCUCCUCCACCAGUGCACUCUAAGCUCAGAUACUCUCAAGGUUGCAGCUCUAUGAGAGAGAGACAGAGGGGGGAGAGAGAGAUAACCGGCGCCAGCGCUAUGGAUUUAACAGGAUAAGGCACACGAUCAAUCCGAAGACCUGCCUUAUAUCAGCUGAGACGUACUGUAGAGAGAGAGAGAGAGAGAGAUAGAGAGAGAGAGAGAGAGAGAGAGAAAGAGAGAGGGGGUUAGGUUGGAGCAAGUGAUCGCGCCACAACAAACCUCCAAGGGGCUGAUCGUCAAGAUCAGUGUGCACAGGAUUCUUGUCCCGACCAUGGUGCCAGCAAGCUGCCCCGGACCUUGUGCCAUGCUGGCUUUGGCCCUUCUCCUGGGAUGUGGCGUUACUUUUUCCCUGGGCCAGAAUGACACGGAACCCAUCGUUUUGGAAGGAAAGUGUCUGGUGGUUUGUGACUCCAGCCCCUCCUCAGACGGCGGGGUCACCUCCUCGCUUGGGAUAUCUGUGCGAUCUGGUAGCGCAAAGGUGGCGUUCUCCGCGGUCAGAGGAACAAACCAUGAACCAUCUGAAAUGAGCAAUACGUCCAUGACGAUCUAUUUCGACCAGGUAUUAGUUAACAUUGGCAACCAUUUCGACUUAAAAGCGAGUGUAUUUCAAGCGCCAAGGAGAGGAAUUUACAGUUUCAGCUUUCAUGUGGUUAAAGUCUACAACAGGCAGACUAUACAGGUAAACCUGAUGCAAAAUGAAUACCCAGUCAUAUCAGCGUUUGCCGGAGAUCAGGACGUUACUCGCGAGGCAGCGAGCAAUGGAGUUCUGCUGCAUGUGGAGCGUGAGGACAGAGUCUAUCUGAAGCUAGAAAGGGGCAAUCUCAUGGGCGGAUGGAAAUACUCCACCUUUUCUGGCUUUUUAGUUUUUCCUCUAUAAAUUUCUUUGCAGGAAUUUUGUUGCAAGUGACUCUUCCGUGGUUGAAGAACAUGAAAAAAUGCCAUUGGUUUGAACUAAACUGUCAAAUCAGACAGACGUAUUCUCAAUUAAAAUAUUUGCGUUGAAUAUGGACGUUUCCUUGGAGUUCUCACUUUCAAUUCAUUGAUUACGUUAAUCUCUAGGAUAAACGAAUUAAUCGGCCCGUUCAGUCUACAAAAGUGAAGUUCGAUAUUCAGUCUUGGAUUUUAUUGUUGGGAAACCUCUGACUUUUUGUCAACACACUACUCGGUGUACUUGGACCACUGAAUUAAUGAGAAGAUGUCCAAGCCGAAGAAAUAAAGCCCUGAACUACGUGUCUUUAUCAAUGCUUUACUUUGUGUUUGUAUAGCCUUAAAGAAAAAUGGCUUUAGUCAAGUAAAGUGUGUGGAAUUCUGGACGUUCCUGUGUCAAGAAGUGCUUUAUCGCCGAAAGCAUUUUUUUUGCACGAAUGGAAGAUCUUUUGUUUUGUGCUGUUCCUGGUGUUUCUUUUGGAUGCUGAACAUAUUGAAAAGAUGUCGCGUAUAAACCGCCUACUAUUUAAAUGAUUGUUUCAAAAAAAGAAAAAGAGUUAUAUUACGGCAAAUGGAGGCAUCUUGACCAUCGAAGAAGUAUUUUACUAAACGUUUAGUCUAAUUUAUAAAAUGCAUAAAGUAUUCACUUUAUCGUCUAUCCUACAUUCCGGAUCUGCGUAGCUUUGACUGACUUAUUUGUUCAGUGACGUUGCUCACAAUUGUAUGUUGUGAAAGAACUACAGAAAAAUCCCCAUAUAAUAUUCAGCCUAAAUAAUAAAACAUUGUA